AUGGAUAGCCGCAGCACUGCACUACACCACGCGCAACCCGGUGAUACAGCUGACUCGGACGAAGAAGCAGACGUAUACGAUUGGACAUCGUCACGCGUGCCCGGGAACAAAGAUGCCACGCAUUCCCGAAAGAAUUCAAUGCGAAGAGGGUCCAAGCAACGGCAGGAAGAGGAGCCCGAGAACGGGGCGGAUGCAUUAGAUGCCCCUGAGCCGGACUAUUCAGACUCGUCAGAAGGAGCUCCGGAAGAUGAACACCUGCCCCACCCUUUUUACCAUUAUGCCGCGGAAAAGCGCGACACCUACGCCGAUGCCAAACUCAUCUAUCAGCGGCAUCGAUUGGACACUAAAUCGGAGAAGGAUCUAGGCAGUCCCUUGAUGUUGGGCAAGUCCUACACCAUGCCCAACUCUGCGAUGGAUGGAGAAGUGGGGGCUCUACAGCGGACGCCCAGCAUGACAUCCAGACAGUCUCGUGUCUCCCAACGUGGCACUGGCCCCAGUGGCUUCCAACUCAACCAUAGCAAGGAUUCACUGCCUUCGCUGCAUACUCAUGUAGGCAACUUGCAAGAGAUCCGCCCGGAUCCGACGCUGCUUGCUGAUGCCGCCGCGCGGGAUCACAAACGGCAUCCGGGCCUCCCACACGAGUUCAAGGACCCUCUGCUUGCUCAUGAAGGUAUGCAUGGUGCUGGCGCCGGUAUGGGCCUGGGUUCUGGCCCUGGUGGACUCGCUACGAGUGAUGAAUCGAUAAUUAGCGAGGUGCAGUCGAUUUGUGACAAGAUCAAGACAGUGCUGGAUUUGAGGCAAAAGUAUCUCAAAGUCUCGUUGCAGUGUCCGGGCAUGAAUCCAAAGGAUGAAGAAACCUGGGAGAUCUAUCCGCCUCCACCAAACCCUGUGUGGAACGAGCAAAAGGCUCGGGAACCCCCUCAGGACUAUAUCCCUCCCAACAGCACGUCGAGCAGUCUGUACAUGAUAGACAUGAGGGCUCGAGCUGCAAGUGGAGGUGAGUUAAACAUGUGGCCGACUAAUGCAAGUCAAGCUGGCUCUGACCGAGGAGGCCCAGCGUCACCGACGAGCGCCAAAAAGGCGAGAAAACCCGGUCAUGCUAUUGGCGAAGAUUUCGACUUGAGCGAAUGCGUUAUUCCCGGGAAGCAAACCAAGAACUUGCGCUUCGAGAUGGACGCUGGAAGUGUCUAUCAGGUUUACGAUGAGAAUGACCAGCCCAUCGUCGAGGUACCGACUCUGCGAGACUAUUAUAUGGCACUGGAUACGAUCCUCGACAUCGCUUCAGACGGGCCAGCGAAGAGCUUUGCCUACCGCCGCCUGCAAUACCUGGAAGGACGAUACAACCUGUACACUCUCCUGAACGAAUACGAAGAGGUGGCAGACACAAAGAAAGUGCCUCACCGAGACUUUUACAACGUAAGAAAAGUGGAUACCCACGUGCAUCACUCUGCGUGUAUGAACCAGAAGCAUCUGUUACGCUUCAUCAAGAGCAAGAUGAAGAAAUGCCCCGACGAAGUAGUCAUCGAGCGUGAUGGCAAAGAGUUGACUUUGAAGGAGGUCUUUGACAGCAUCAAUCUCACCGCGUACGACCUGAGCAUCGACACUCUUGACAUGCAUGCGCACACGGACUCGUUCCAUCGGUUCGACAAGUUCAACUUGAAGUAUAAUCCGAUCGGACAGUCGCGGCUUCGGGAUAUUUUUCUAAAGACGGACAACUUCAUCAAGGGGAGAUAUCUUGCCGAGAUUACCCGGGAGGUUAUCACGGAUCUGGAGUCGAGCAAGUAUCAAAUGGUGGAGUGGCGGAUCAGCAUCUACGGGCGUAGUAUCCACGAAUGGGACACGCUAGCAGCGUGGGUUGUCGACAACAAGCUCUUCUCCCACAACGUCCGAUGGCUCAUACAGAUCCCACGAUUGUUCGCGCUGUACAAAUCGCUAAAAACCAUGGAGGAUUUUGAAGAACUCCUCCGCAACAUCUUCCAGCCUCUGUACGAGGUGACACAGGAUCCCUCGACGCAUCCCAAGCUACACGUCUUUCUCCAGCGGGUGAUCGGCUUCGAUAGUGUCGACGAUGAGAGCAAGGUGGAACGACGACUGUACCGCAAAUACCCGGCAGCGAAGGAAUGGAAUACCAAGCAGAAUCCACCCUAUGGAUACUGGAUCUACUACCUUUUUGCAAAUCUGACGUCUCUCAAUGCCUGGCGCAAACGGAGAAACUUCAACACCUUCCUCCUUCGUCCUCACUGCGGCGAAGCAGGCGAUACGGAUCACCUUGCCGCCGCCUUGCUAUGUUGUCACAGCAUUAGCCACGGGAUCACCUUGCGCAAAGUCCCCUUGCUGCAGUACUGCUUUUACCUCGAGCAGAUUGGCAUCGCCAUGUCCCCGUUGAGCAACAACGCCCUGUUUCUGACCUACGACCGCAAUCCUUUCAUCAGCUACUUCAAAAAGGGUCUCAACGUCUCCCUCUCGACGGACGACCCCUUACAAUUCGCAUUCACCAAGGAACCGCUGAUCGAGGAGUACUCGGUUGCUGCACAGAUUUACAAGCUCUCCGCGGUCGACAUGUGCGAAUUGGCCAAACACUCGGUCGAUCAAUGCGGCUUUGAACUCUCGCUCAAGCAGCGCUGGCUGGGCAAGUAUUGCUAUCUACCGGGCGUACUGGGCAAUGAUGUUGCAAAGUGCAAUGUGCCCGACGUCCGAGAAGCAUUCAGACACGAAACGCUUAAGGCCGAGCAUGCGUUCAUUGCCAAAUACACCAAAGAUUACAGUCACUUUGAUCGAUGUACCCCUGACUUGCCGGAUCCAUCUGACCCAGCGACGCCGGUCGACGAGAUAUACCGAGGUCUGGAGAGUCCGAAACAAUACUAUGCGACAUUAGCGGUGGCUGAUUCCAUUGCCCCUGCUCAGCAAGCCAGAGAAAGAGAGAGGGAAGCAGCGCUGUCCAAGUCAAACACAAAUGUACCUCCGGGUAAUACUUCACCCAGCCGGCUACGAAGGACCUCGAGCGUCCUAUAUCCCAGUAGCUCAAACGCAGUGGACGCACACAUCUCGGGCCAAGAGCCACGCGCGUUUCCCGGAAUCGUGCACCAACGAGAGAGGAGACGCAGUUUACGUGUUGGUUCUGGUAAUUCGGCGGAGGGCACGGGCCAGCAUUCGUCGGACAUGGCGAGCAGCUUGCAAAUGGAGCCGGGACUCGCCAAGAUUACAACGAGGGAGGACAGGGAGAUGAGACAGAUGGAGGAGCAGGAUGACGGCUGA